UAGCAACGAAAUAAAUCAUGAACUGUCGAAAGAGUGAGAACAACGUUCAGCCUCUCGUAUUCAAAGUGCGUGGUCGAUGAUAGACGUACUUCAACAUGAAACUGUUUAUCUGCCUACUGAAAGAUGUUACGCACAAAAUCGAGUAUUAUUCAAGGUUUUCGCCCUCGCCGAUGUCAAUCAAGCAGUUUCUGGAUUUCGGCAGGGAAAAUGCAUGUGAAAAAACCUCCUACAUGUUUCUGCGGAAAGAACUGGCGGUGAGGUUGGCUAAUACGAUGAGGGAAGUCACCUUGUUGCCCGCCAGUCUUCAGAGCCAGCCGUCUGUCAAACUGGUGGAGUCCUGGUACAGCCAGAGCUUUGAAGAGCUGUUAAAGUUUGAGAAGAGAAGUCCAGAGGAUCCCCACACACUUAAUGACUUCUUAGAGAUGUUGAUUAAGAUUCGGAACAGGCACAAUGACGUGGUGCCCACUAUGGCUCAGGGUGUCAUUGAAUACAAAGAGAAGUUUGGAUUCGACCCCUUCAUCAGCAGCAAUGUGCAGUACUUCCUUGACCGCUUCUACACCAACCGGAUUUCUUUCCGCAUGCUCAUCAACCAGCACACUCUUCUGUUUGGCGAUGCCGCUUGUCUUGCACAACCAAAACACAUCGGAAGCAUCGACCCAGCAUGCAACGUGGCUGAGGUGGUGAGAGAUGCAUAUGAGACAGCAAAGAUGCUCUGUGAGCAGUACUACAUGACGGCUCCUGAACUGAAGAUCGGGGAAUUCAACUCAAAAAAUCCCAAGAAACCAGUCCAGGCGGUCUAUGUGCCUUCUCAUCUUUUCCACAUGCUCUUUGAGCUCUUCAAGAAUUCCAUGCGAGCCACAGUGGAGCUGUAUGAAAACAGCAGUGAGGAUCUUCCUCCAGUCAAAGCAAUGGUUACUCUGGGAAAGGAAGACCUCUCCAUAAAGAUUAGUGAUAAAGGUGGGGGCGUCCCUUUACGAAAGAUCGAUCGCCUCUUCAAUUACAUGUAUUCCACGGCUCCAACACCACGACUGGAUCCCUCACAACCUGCUGUCCCACUGGCUGGUUUUGGCUAUGGGCUGCCAAUCUCUCGACUCUAUGCACGCUACUUUCAAGGAGACCUGAACCUGUACUCGGUUGAAGGUUUUGGGACAGAUGCAGUCAUUUAUCUUAAGGCUCUUUCCAGUGAGUCUUUUGAGCGUCUGCCAGUCUUCAAUAAGUCAGCAUGGCGACAUUAUCAGACGGGUCCUGAAGCUGAUGACUGGAGUAACCCGAGCAGUGACCCACGAGAUGCGUCCACAUACAAAGCCAACAGAUGACUUUAUUACAGUUACCAAGCUUACUGAACACUGCCAGCUAAGGACGCUUCAUUCUAGGUCUUUAUAGUACUUGCUAACUAAUCCUUCUAAUUGAGUGAAACAGUUUUACAUUAGAGAGACUAGAAGAAUGUAAUGUGGAAAGGAGCAUAUAGCAGCUUGUUAGGAUGAUUUAUCAAGCGGCCUUUUGUUUUAACAAUUUGCUUCUGUCUGAUCAAUUAUAAAUUGGCCAUUUUAGGUCCACGAUUUCAAAAAGUAAAUAUUCUGUUAAAAUGUUUGGGAUCAGUAAAAAAAAUUUAUUCAGUAAGUGCACAUUAUACUGUAGCUAACAGUGUUGGGGAAAGUUAUUUUUGAAACUAAUGCAUUACAAUAUUGAGUUACUCCCCAAAAAAGAGACUGGUUGCAUUACUUAGUUAUUUUUUAUUGAAAGUAAUGCGUUAUGUUACUUUUGAGUUACUUUGCAGUACUUUUUAAUACCAGCCUGAGGCUUGAUCUCUUUCAGAACUUGCAGGGUAUUUUUCUUUUUUUAAAAUAGAGGAGCUCUGCAUUUAUGGACACACUGUGUAACCUACACCUUCAUUUACCUUUAAAAAACUACUAAAACAUUUGCAAUAAUGUUACCUUCAGAGAACUUUCUGACGUAUACAUGCCAUAUGCACAGAUUAUUGAAAGUUAAAAGCAAUGUGUUUGCUACUUUGCUUUUUUUGUCUUGUUAGUUCAGGACAAUCACUAUCCAUUCAGACUGUAAUCUCCCUUUCUUCCAUGUGUUCAAAAUAAUGAGAAUUCUUCCAUCACAGAAAUGUAAAUGUUUUUUUUUGUCUGUUCCCACGGGGAAAAAAGUUGGAAUCAAUGUGAUUACACUAAUUUUAAUUCAGCAAACUAUUUUUAAAGAUGUAUUCAUUCUAAAAAGUAACUUGAGUUACAUUUUUAAAAAAUAUUAAUACUUAAUUUUUUAAAGUAAUGCCUUACUUUUCUAGUUACUUACUGUAGUAACUCACGUUACUUGUAAUGAGUUAGCACCAACACUACCUAUGUUUCCAUCCAAAGUUGCGAAAUAAAUUUAAAGGCAAAACAGGCAUAUCACAUAAAAGACAUGCAAAUAAAGCAGCGUUUCCAUCCAAUAAGUCAAAGAGAACAAAAUUGUUACUUCCUAAUUUACUGGCGCCAAAUAUCAAAAGUAAGAAAUGGAAUUUGCUGUGGUAGGAGAAGCUGCACGAAUUUUUUCUUUAUUAAAUAAAAUGACUUGCAGGGAAUCCACUGCGUAAAAUAUAUGCUGGAUUAAUAAAGGGACUAAGCCGAGAAGAAAGAAGAAAUGACUUGCACCUCCGAAGACAAUGCCAAUAUGCAAUAAAAGUGUAGUGGCGUUUCAAGGCUUGAAACGCGUAGCACAGACGCUCUUGAUAGUUCUGGAGGUAAUUAAUAAUAUAAUUACACAUACUGAAAUGGCUGAGGCAUUUUAGAAUGACCAAAACAACAUAUCAGAUGUUUUACAGUGUGCUCAGUCUGCUAAUUUGUUCUCACACAUUUUCAUCAUUACAUGAUCUCUUAUAACAAAAUCAUAUGACUUUUUUUAAUGCGCAUACUCAAAUUUGGUAAAAGUGUUUCCAUCGUAGUUUAUAUGCAUUUUUCUUAUCGAAUAAAAAGUUUAUCCUACGUUUUUAUGCGCAUUUUAAAAUUGAUGCGCAUCUUGGUAUUUCGAAUCAACUGAUUUUUUAAUGCACAUAUCCAAAAUGUGCAUAAAAACAGGUGGAUGGAAACAGCUACUGAUAGGUACUAAGUGUUUUAGUGAAGACAUUUAGGAUGUUGUAAAAGGUUAUUUAUUACAGAUUUUUAAAAAACUUCCUGUUCAUCAAAGAAUAAUCAAAUCAGCAUAUUAAAUUAUGAAGGAUCCAUAUUUACAUUUUAUUACCAAAGACAGAAGUAAAGAUGCUGAAAAUUAAGCUUUGGCAUCACAGGAAUAAAUUACAAUAAAAAAGAA